AGUGCAUAUAUUAUUCAUUACAUGGUUAAUGUUUUCGCGAAACAUAUCACUUCAUUACUUUGGGCCCGUUACAAAGGUCUUGGCGAGGGCUCUUGCUACAGAUAUCUUCAGUGAUCGAAGAGGAAUUCAAUGUUUCAAAUAUUGAUACAAAUUACUCCUAAAAGCGAUCAUUUAAAUUUUAAAACCGUCCCCCCCUCUACACACACAGAGCGGAAUAGUUUCGCACAUGCUCCAGAACGAUGCUUCACAUGCCAUAGUAAACACGCCAGUUAGUCAUAGUCAGAAAGCAUUUAAAUGGCUACUAGGGUGUUGCCAUAAUAAAAAGCACUUUGCUCAGCAGGCCGGGCGAUAGGAUGGUACGGGUAUACCACAUAGAGUACGAGGGUGGGAAUCAAAUUUCGUAGUCAUUUCAUGUUUGUUGGCGCUUAGUCAAUCGGCGACUGAUGGAGCUGGGCGGGGCGGGAUACACACCGUCGUUCUGCUGGUAUGCUUGUUCCAAUCCAAUAAACUAGCCUCACUCCUCCUCUCUCUCUCUCUCUCUCUCUCUCUCUCAGUCCAGUUAUAGUAAUUCUCUCUAUUGAAUUGAUAUGUACGGUAGGACAUGCUCCUUAGAAACGGAAUUGUUUGAGCCUACUGUGUUCGUGCCCAUCGGAUACGCCAUGAUGAUCAUGGUUGCCCAUUAGCUAUUGUAGGAAGGAGGACCUCAGAGAACAACGCAGUAGUAGUGCAUUCGAUGAUGGUAUUUGUGUUUAAAGGUAUUUUAUGCGCUCCAUAAAAAAAAACUUCACCAAAAACAUCGCUAGUUCAAAUCCCAAAGGGGGCCGGUAAUGUCACGGUUGUUGUUAUCCCCUCCUGGCUGGUUGGGCGUUGCUAGCAGAUGGUUUAGUUUACAGUGAACCGUUUGUGAAGCAUGAUGCAUACGAUUGUGUAGGAUAAGUUUUUCAUCUUUCUCGUUAAAAAAAAAAACAGACAGCUUAGCAACAUGAAACCGGUAACAACUGUUCAGUGGAAAGUCUCAAACGAAAAAAAAAACAGAACAAAGUGAAUAAGGUUUAAACCACCACUGAAACACGCCGGAGAACGGAUUACGAACUACGAAGUGUACUAAUAAGCUGCCGAAGAAAUGCAACAGUUGUGUUGCUGUCUGACCAGCCGUACGGAUAAAGUAUCGCCCGGCGAAUCGUUUGACCAUUCUAAAUCACCUUCACCGAGCAGCAGCCAUGAGUCGGGUAAUGGCUUCCAGUCGGAACGCCACUGUACGGAUAUACUGUUCAUUGCCAUUAAGGCUGCCUUCAUACUGAUUCUGCUGGUACUCAUUAUCUACUGUAUGGUGUUUGGAGAUAUCUAUCGCAUAAUAAAUGGCUACGAUGACUGCGCCAACGUUUGCGGCCGUGACAACAAGCCGGACCAGAAUCUUCCGUGCAAGGGCGCGGACAGGACCGGCGAACCGUUUUUGCUGGUCGAAGGAUCCGGCGUGACCGAAAGCGAUCUGCACCGGAUGUGCGUGGCGAGCUGUGACGAUGUCGAAGGCUUCAAACCGUUCCUCAACCGCUGCGUGCGGAAGAACAAUCCAACGGAGGAGGUGAUCACCCGGACCGGGCUGAAAAACUUUUUCCAGGAAGUGUCGGAAGAUCUGGAAGCGUGCCAUCGGGAGAUGCUUUGGCUGGCGGUCAUAUCGUUCGUCUGCUCGCUGCUAACACUGCUGCUGCUGCGCGUGAUACCGGGUGUGAUCGUGUGGUUGGUACUGUUGGCGGUCGUGCUGGCCUGUACCGCCGGCACCAUCUGGCUGUGGUUGCGCUGGAAAUACGAAACGGAACAACUGUCUGCGGUGGCUGCCGAAUCGGCCCGGAUGCGGAUAAACAGCUGGCUGUACUAUGCGAUAGCGGCCACCGUUCUAACGCUGAUCGUCUAUCUGGUCAUACUGGUGAUGCGCAAACGGAUUAGGCUGGUCGUGCAGCUGUUCAAGGAGGCGGGCAAAGCGAUCGCCAGUAUGCCGCUGCUGUUGGCAGAACCCAUCCUGACGUUCGCCACGAUCGCGGCAGUCAUUGUGCUGUACGUGUACUUUACCGUGUGGAUCGAAAGCGCCGGCAUGCUGGUGGUGGAAAGCAACAGUAGCGCCAAGUACGUGAAGGACUCGACGAUGCUGCUCACCCGCUGGUACAACCUGCUCGCAUUCCUGUGGUUCUGCCAGUUCAUCAUCGGCUGCCAGCAUAUGGUGAUAGCGGGUGCGGUCGCCGGUUGGUUUUUCACACGCAACAAAGCCAACCUGAGCAAUCCGAUCGGACGCAGCUAUUGCAACCUGCUGCGCUAUCAUCUCGGUACCGUCGCCCUAGGUUCGUUCGUGAUUGCGCUGGUACAGUUCCUGAGAACGAUGCUGAAGCUGCUGAUGCAUUCGGUGCGCAACCCGCAGAACCGCAUCACCAGCUUCCUGUUCGACUGUUGCCAGUGUUGCUUGCAGUGCUUCGAACGCUUCCUGCAGUACCUGACCCGCAACGCCUACAUCCUGACGGCGAUGCAUGGCGACCCAUUCUGCCAGGCGGGCAGGAACGCGUUCCGGCUGCUAACCAGCAAUGCGCUGCGCGUCUUCGCCAUCAACUCGGUCGGCGAUUUCGUGCUGGCGCUCGCGAAAGUGUUUGUCGUUGUCGCGACCGGUCUGAUCGGGAUGGAGCUGAUACAGAGGAAGGCCGGCCUGCACCAUCCGUACGUGCCGCUGAUAUUGGUCGGCAUCUUUGCCUACCUGGUGGCGCACUGCUUUAUGACCGUGUAUGAGAUGACGGUCGAUACCAUCUUCCUGUGCUUCUGCGAGGACUGUGAAAGCAACGACGGCAUAUCGCGCCCCUACUACAUGUCCCGCGGACUGAUGGAGUUUGUGCAGAACUCGAAAAAGGCGCUCGCUGUCGGUGAGAAAGGCGGCUCCGGCCGGGCCAAACAACCGAUGCACGACGGGAAAGCCUGGAUGGCGGCCACCAAAUCCAACGGUUCGCCCGGUGGAACCGCUCCACAACGAGCUACGGCCAUUUCCGAGACAGUAGACUGAUUGCUUGAGGGUAAGAGAAUGAUUGGAGCUUUCACUGGUGCUUUUCGGGAGGUUGAUAUUUUAACCACAGAAUCACUGCGGCGUGGUUGAGUGGUCGUCGCUUUUGCUUUUUCAAAACCAUGCACCCACACACACACAUUACUUUUUUUUCAACUCACUCAUGCACGUUUUGAAGGAACUGAACUGAGUUUUUUAACAGCAUUAUAUAAGGUUUAAGUGAAUAAAGCAACGAGUGGCAAUGUAAAUGAGA